AUGAUUCCAGCGUGGCCAUCAGUAUUGAUGGACAGAUUCAGUGCGUUCUGGAGCUGGAGAGGCUCUUCAAAGAACGAUACUACUGGCCACGCCUGCAGGACACUGACCAUGUGUGGACAAUGGCUCUCCGCUUCGUGCGCGACCGGUGCGUCUGCGAGACGUCUGCUGGAUUCAAAUGUUUUGACUACGGCGCUGUGGUCCUUUUCUCAUCAGAUGAAUCAACCGACCGAGCAGAGUAUGCUCUACUGCCUCGCCUUGUCGAGAGUGUUUUCGAUGUACGCCAGUGGAGACUCAUUGAUCACCACGAAGCUCAUGCGCGAAUGUUUCCAUGACUCGCGCUUCAAUUCCGCGCUGAUGGUUAGCUUCGACGGCAGUGGAAAUGAUGGCACCCUGGCCAUGGACUUCCGGCGGGACACGAAGAAACACGGUUCCGUGGAGCAUGAGAGCCAUGUUGAUGCAGCCUUCGCAGGUCCGGUGGACUUGAACAGCGUGGGUUUCACCCUGCUACUGGGCACACGAGUUAAGUUGGAGAAAUACGCAUGGCGCAUGAACCAGCAAGUGAUGAUCACCCAGUCCAAGCUCGGGCUUGACUCUUUGAGCUGGGCAGGGAAGAUGAUGGCCUAUGCCGCCUUGGGAUCCCCUUCAGAGGAGGUGCGUCAGCUAGUCAGAUGGUAUUACCGAAAUUCCUCCGAAGAUGCUGACCACGUGCCCGCUCAGCUGAUCCGCCUGGCCUGUGACUCGUUGGAGGGACAAAGAGCCCUUGCAGCUGUGGCACAGGCCGAAUUCGAGGAGUACGUCUUGGACUUGAUCCGGGCUAUCCUGCAGAAAGUUAGUGAACUUGGCCUCCCAGAUCCAGAUGGUCUUGUACUUUCAGGUGGGUGUGCCUUGAACGUUCUCGCAAACCAGCGUGUCUUCGACGAAAUUGUGGAGAUGCGGCCGUCCAGUAAACCUAUGGGCCUGCACAUCACUGCUGCUCCCAAUGAUUCUGGACUCUCAGUGGGCGGCAGCUGGGCCAUCGUUCCUCCUAGCAGCUGGCAACCGCUGCAGUAUGUUGGCUUCCACCUUUGGGACUUUCCUUUCCUACCUGACCAUGCAGAGAAAUGGGGUGCAAAGGAUCUGGAAAGCUUAGGUGGCGUGGAGUACCUAGCAGAGCUGCUGUCUGGCGGCCCUGCUUGGAUUGCCCAAAGAGGCCACAAUGCCGCCAAGCCCAUCAUCGGAGUUGUCCGAGAUCGCCAGGAGUUUGGGCCCAGAGCUCUGGGCCACCGCUCCCUACUGGCUGUGCCGGACUCGGUGGAGAUGCGAGAGCGCAUGAACAGGCUAAAGUUCCGCCAGUGGUUCCGGCCAGUGGCGCCAAUGAUAGCAGAGGAGGCUUUGGAGGAAGUCUUUGGGCGCUCAGUCAAGUCGCCAUACAUGACCAUGGCUCCAAAGGUCCGCCCGGAGGUGUUGGCGAAAUUUCCAGCACUGUCGCAUUUGGAUGGAACAGCGCGCCACCAAUCCGUCAGCCGAGAGGAUGAGCCCUGGGUCCACGCCUUGCUGCUAGCUGUCGGCCGAUGGACUGGCCUCGCAGCUCUCAUCAAUACGAGCUUCAACUCCAGAGGUAAGCCCAUUGUGAACCGCGCAGAGGACACCUGUGACGGCACACGCACGUCAUCAAGCUGCUUAUGCAUUGUGGCCUUGCUGCCAUGA